AAUAAGAAAGCCUCCGAGGCCUGUCGUUGAGUGAUAGUUCUACGGUCUCGGCUUUGCCCACGGCCCCGUCCUCUUCCUUUGAGGCGCUGAACAAAGUGGCACGCCCGGAUCCCAGCUGAUCAGCUGCUGGGCUUUGGCGGCGGCUUCCCCCCGGCGAGACCAUUGUGACUCCUUGGGAGGGGUGCGUGAGGAGGGGAGGGGGCGGAGCGGCCAUUGUCCGGUCAGCGCAGCCUCCGAGGGAGGGAGGGUGUUACGGAGCGAGCGGGGCCCGUGGUUUCACAGCGGCUGCCGCUACGCUAAAGCCGGCGGGGGGGGGGGGGGGCUCAGGUCCUUCCCAGCGCCGCCGCACGGGACAUCGCUCUGGCUGGGAGCGGCGGUGGGAGCUGCCGAGGGCGCCGGGACUUCCCUCCUCCCCCGCGGUCCUCGGUUCACCCGUACGCCCCACCUCCUCAGCUCCCCUCCCUCUACUCCCCCCGGCCCCCCCAUCUCCGAAGGCCGAGUGGUGCGGCCCGCCUCCAGCUGACCGGCCUGGAAUCCCGGCUCGGAGCCCCGGACUCGCGCCCGCCCGCGCGCCCGCUCCCUCCCCCUCCCCCCGCCCCGAGCCCCCCGACGACGCCGCCGCCUCCGCCUCCGCCUCCUCCUCCUCCUCCUCCUCCUCCUCCUCCUCCUCCUCCUCCUUCGAGCGGGGCCCAGGCCCAGCCGCUAACACCGCUGCCGCCGCCGAGCUCCGCCGCUGCCGCCGAGCACCAUGGGAGAUGCCGGGAGCGAGCGCAGCAAAGCGCCCAGUCUGCCGCCUCGCUGUCCCUGCGGCUUCUGGGGGUCCAGCAAGACUAUGAAUCUCUGUUCCAAAUGCUUUGCUGAUUUUCAAAAGAAACAACCAGACGAUGAUUCCGCUCCAAGUACAAGUAACAGCCAAUCAGAUUUAUUUUCCGAAGAGACCACCAGUGACAACAGCAAUACCUCGAUAACCACGCCAACUCUUAGUCCCAGCCAGCAGCCGCUUCCGACAGAACUGAAUGUAACUUCACCAAGUAAAGAGGAGUGUGGGCCAUGCACAGAUACAGCUCAUGUCUCGUUAAUCACACCAACCAAAAGAUCCUGUGGUACAGAUUCACAGUCUGAGAAUGAGGCUUCGCCAGUGAAACGGCCACGACUACUGGAGAAUACUGAACGACCCGAGGAAACCAGCCGAUCUAAACAGAAAAGCCGACGUCGGUGCUUCCAGUGCCAAACCAAACUGGAGCUGGUGCAGCAGGAACUGGGAUCGUGCCGCUGCGGUUACGUGUUCUGUAUGUUGCAUCGCCUCCCCGAGCAGCAUGACUGUACGUUUGACCACAUGGGCCGUGGCCGAGAGGAAGCCAUCAUGAAAAUGGUGAAACUGGACCGGAAAGUGGGGCGCUCUUGCCAGCGCAUUGGGGAAGGGUGCUCCUGAAGGCCGGCUUGGCCGCUACGUGACGCUGUUCUUAGUUCACUAAUGUUAGCCUUAUUUAGGACAAAGUCAGCCAGACACCUUGUACUGGGCACGCGUCAGACUACAGCCAGUCCGUUUCCUUUCCUUAGCCAGCCAUCCUGGUACUGUAGUUUAGGGGUUGAUGGUGGUUGAAAUUGAUUUCUGGCUGGUUACUAAGGUGCCUGCUAGCCAUUGUAUAAAAUUAAAACAUGAAGAAUAUUUUUUUUUGAGCAUGGCUAGUGGAUUUAAAACAACACAUACCUGUCACUGCUGGAGUCAAACUUACAAAAAGCCUUAAGUGGAAAGUGUUCCAGACGGAGACUCUGAGUCAAUAGAGGAGGAGAAGCUGGUGUUCAAGUCCCCACGACGCACAUGGCUUUGCCGGAAGCUCUGGUUAGUGUUCGGCCUUCACCUCUUCACUAUCCUUAGUCCCAGUAGCCAGGAUACCUGAUGGCCACGCGUGCCCGGGCCACGGGAGGCUGUUGAGAUUGGCCCCGUGGCUGGGCUGGGUGGUGGCCUCGCUCUCCCACUGAGCAGGAAAUGGGGGUGGGGACAGGUUAAGAAAAUUUACCUGACUUGCUAUGAAAAAACUCUCUCAUCACACGAGAAGAGAAACAGUAACCUCACUUUGAAAAUCAGCUCCACUCAAGCCUAGUCCACGAAUGAGAACCACCUUUUCUACACAGGACCCUUGGUCACGAGAAGCGCCCGCGGGCGCGCCCUGACCCACGGGCUCUGGUUUGCCGUUUGCCGAGUGCAGGGAUCUGGCAGUGGAUCAAAUAAGGCUAAUUGCAGCACCGCAGCUGUGGCCUCCAAACUGGCCUCUGCAGCUAGGUUUCUAGAUUGGAAGUUUUUUAAAAAGAUGUUUCACAGCCAGCAGGAAUCAAUAGAAGAGCUGGGAGCUGCCUGCAGCUCCGUCCCUUCCAGCAGGAGCCUGCUCAGCCCCUCCAAGGCCAAGGGGACGAUGCCUUGGCCUCGCCUCUCAUGUCUGUGCAGCCCCACAGUCCAAGGGCGACCAGUCCACUUCUACCACAUAGCAAGUUUAGUAAGGGGGGGCAGCAUAUGUCACAGGGACAGAGGUUCGUGGCCAUGGCCCAGCUUGAGAGACACACUCGCUCAGGCAGGUGCGGGGAGGGCCUGUUUCUCAGCGUGUUUCUCUUCAGAGAGGAGUUGAGUGGAGGCAGGAGCUCAGGCCCAGUGGGGAUGGGUGGAGAUGGGCCUGUUUGCCAGUGUUAGGAAAUCAUCACCGAUCAGGUGUGGGGGGUGGGUAGACAGGAGAAAGAUGCCCUUGAAAGCCUGAGCAGGGGUGAAUGGCCCCAGAGCCCCAUCUGAUCCAGGCCGGUGAGGGUCGGAGGCUCCUGCAGAGGCAGUUUGGAUCUGCCCGCACACAGGCUACUGGAAUAGUUUAACCCAGCAACUUACCCUUUUAUACCACAGCAAGUGUUUGCUCAACUCUGUCUGCAAAUUAACAGUUAAUACCUGCAACUACAAAUGUUUUUGGUCCGAAAUACUGAAAUAGGAAAUCACGCUCUUCCCCGCCUCCUCUCCCACCCUACCCCCACCAGAGUGGAAUCCGCUGCAAAAUCUCCAGCCUUAAUUCUUGCUUCAGGACCCAGACUGGCGUCUUGCUCUAGGGCAGCCCAGGGCAGAGGGGCCAGGUCUGCCCAUGUUUACCACUGUUACCAAGCCACGGCCCUCUGGCCAGUACCUGGCCAUCCUCAGUGAUGCGGCCCACCUCGGCCCCCCACCAAGCUCUGAUCGUGAAGAGGCCACAGGCGCCCUUCCGGCCCUCCUCAGGCCCCACCGGCUGCUGCUUCCCGGCGGCAGCGAUGGGAAGCAGGCUCUCUGGGGAGCCCGGCCGCACACGGGGCUCGCAGCCCAUGGUCACUUCCUGAUGGUAGAGCUGGGGGUGGGGUGGGAGGGCUUGUUCCCCGGCAGUAUCUGUUCUGUGAAGUUUGUUAAAUGUAAGGAAAGCUUAAAUUCUUGUAUCUUUAAAAGAGAAAAUCUUAUUUAACCCUUUUGUGUUCUAGAUUUACUUACACACAUAGCCUAGAGCUCAGUUUUAGUUUUAACAUUGUGAAAAUAUUAAAAGAAUCUUGUAACUUUAUUCUUUUUUCUCCUGCUGAAAAAAAAAAUUAAACCAAUCGUAUGAAA